AUGAAUUGUCAAAACCUCGUACAGAUCUUAAUAGAAUCAUUUAAUGCAUUGGCCGAUGAAGUUCAAAACUUGAGUGACAGGCAGACUGUCCUGGAGCAUAAACUUCGAUAUGCACACGAGCAGUUCCAGUAUCUAGCCGAUAAAUAUGCUCCGACGGCGCCUGAGAUUUCAGAGACGCUAUUGAAUCUUCAGAUUCCCCCAGAGUUGCACAAUCCAUCCCUAGCAAACAAUAGUUUUGUUCCCUUGCCUAGAAGAAAAACCUCAGAUUCUAAACAUCAAAUUGCCGUCAUCAUUAGGGAAGGUAGACGUGUUGCCUCCUCCUUAACAGCUACUAGCAAGAGCAGUCGAUCUAGCAGAGACAGUCUUCCCCCUACUACGAUGACGACCCUUUCUACUAUCCUCGAGCAGGACUUUACUAUCCCGGGAAAGAAGAGCAAUUUAGAUUGUCCCUUCUCCCAACCCGCCAGAGAAGAGAAGCAGAAUGAGGAGCCCAGUAACAUACCUGACAAAACGGUGCAUGAUAUAGAAGAUCCCAUCUGUGCGACCAUGUAUGAUGACCCAAGCUCACAGCCUGCUGCUUCCAAAUGCCCAAUUCGAUACAUGGACCAGCACUCACCAGAAGAGAUCGCUCACUACUUGGAGACACACAAGCACGAGUUACCAAGGAGUCACGAAGUCUGUGUGCGUAGGUAUCAAAAGAAUGAGGAACACAUCAGGAAGCUAGAUGCCAAGUAUGGUAAUCUUGCCAACAUGGUUGAAGGUCUCAGUCGGAUUCAUCAACCCAUGUUACCUGAACGGGACACGCGACCUCAGAGCGAGGUUGAAAAAACCUCAAACGAUCGUGUCGUGAGCUGGGCUCAAACGGUGAGCGCGACGGCCUCGGAUGAUCCAGAGCAUACUGCUUUAGAACAUCAUGAGGAUGAUCUAGAUGAUCUAGACAGGCAAAGCCGUUUCGACCGACCUCUUAAGGAGGUCCGAGUUGGUGAAUCGCCGAGCCGCCCUUGGGGCAUUUCAGUGCCCGUGUUCGAUACUCCACCGGGUGUUGAAGGGUUGGGUCGACCUGAGUCACCUCCACCAGCGCCCGUUCAGAUUCCUUCAUCGCUGCCUCCUCAAGUGACGCCGGCAAAAACUGGAAAGUGUCCCUUCGAUCACACGAAGUUGACGGAUAUGAUGAACGGCUCUCCGCUGAAACGUGAAGAUAAGAGCUCCGUUAGGUUCGGAGAUAUCCGGUCGAGUAGUCAAACUUCUAUUCCAGCUCAUGAGCCACGAUUUGCAGCCAGCAAUCCACGCCAGCCUACGUUCAUCAAUCCGGCCGAGCUGGACCGCAAGUCGGAUAAUAAGCCGCAGAUGUUAUUUACAGGCCCGGUCUUCAUUGGAUAUCCCAUCGAGGAUGCGAUUCGGCUCAUGCAGAGCCUCCAAGGACAACAGUAA